CCCUGGCAUCCCCUCGCGCCCCCCGGGCCCCCACUGAGGAAACCAGUGGCCAAGACGCGCGUGUGGUGCCUCCCUCUCUCUCGUGCCUCACUGGCUCCUUCUGCGAGUGCGCUUCUCACAGCAAACCAGGCGCUUCUCGUGCAGGUUUGGGAUUUUUGCUCUAGCUCGCAGAGGCAGUGGCACCCCCGGAAGGAACAGAACAGUCGCAUCUCCUCUCCUCCCGGCAAUCAUGUCGAAACAGCAAAUCCUGCUUCUGGACCCGGCGACCGAUCUGAAAUUUAAAGGUCCGUUUACAGAUGUGGUGACCAGUACCCUGCGCCUGCGGAACCCUGCCGACAGAACAGUAUGCUUUAAGGUGAAGACGACAGCUCCACGCCGCUACUGUGUACGGCCGAACAGCGGAGUCAUAGACGCUGGAGACACCAUCACCAUCUCAGUAAUGCUACAGCCGUUUGAGUACGACCCGAGUGAGAAGAACAAACACAAGUUCAUGGUGCAGGCCAUCUACGCCCCCCAGGCCAUCUACGCCCCCGAGCACAGCACAGACCUGGAGGCCAUGUGGAAAGAGGCUCGGCCAGAAGACCUGAUGGACUCCAAGCUGAGAUGUGUCUUCGAAAUGCCCUGUGAGAACGACAAAGGGCAUGAGCUGGGCGUGGCGUCGGUACUGAACUCGUCCCGGGUGGACGUCGGCCCGGCAGCAAGAGGAGGGGGCGGGGCCACUGUUGCCAGGGGCGGGGCUACGGUUGCCGAGGAUACGGAGAUGAGGAAGUUGCUGGAGGACUGCAAGAGGCUUCAGGCGGAGAUGAGCAGACUCAACACAGAGAACACACACCUCAGGGAUGAUGGUGCAGUGAUGAUGCGGAAGCCCGCCUGGUCCAGUGCCAGCUCUCUGAUUGGUCGAGACGCCGCUGUCAGCUCGCUGCCCUCUCUGCUGGUUGUCGUGGCAGCCGUCUUCCUCGGAUUCUUCGUCGGGAAAUUCGUCUUGUAGAGGCACACGAAAGAAGUGUGUGGAGGUGUGUGUGUGUCUCUGUGUGUGUGUGUGUGUGUGUGUGUGUGUGUGUG